AUGUUGAAACCCAUCGCUGCCCCAAAAGCGACAAGAAUCCACAAUAUACGACCUGAUGACGUUUACUGCUUCGGCGAAAAGUGCUCACAAAUUCUCCCCCCACUUGAUAAAUACCAUCUUCUAUCUGCAAGCAUAUUUUCCUUGGUCUGCUUCACCAUUACUACAAGCCUGUACUGCGUGUUGUUCUACGGCAUAAAGAAGCAAGCCAUUCAUAUAGCAAGCGUGAGGUCUUCAGCGUCAAGCCUUGGGCCUACCACUCCUGCGGCAAACGGCAAACCGAAUGCAAAACCAGACGUUCCAAAAACGCCUGAGAUCCGGCCCGAAGGCUGGCGCGACGGGCUGGAGAACGUUCCAGUUUUUCCUGACGAUGAUGACGUGUUUCGAUUUGAUGACGUCAUGAAAAAUAAUGACAUCAAUAAAAAAAUCCCAAUGCAGCGACUGGACAUUCCCUCUGUGACGUCACAGCCCGUGACGUCAUUAAAAGUGACGUCACCGCCUACGAGAUCGCCAAGGUUACGUCAUACACCUCGAUACAGGUCCUCGGUGACUAGGAGCGUGUUUGGGGCGAUUCGUAAAGUGAGCAGGGUGGGUCGGCAACGAUCGAAAGUCGCUAGGAGGAGGGAUGUAAAAGUUAUGAGGACCAUGUUCGUCAUAAUGGCUGUCUUUGUCGUCACAACAGCACCUCUUAUGCUGUUUAUUCUAUACACGACAAAACACAAUGAUCGGAGUCUGAAGGAGAUAUUUAAUUAUUUGUUACAGGUAACAACGCUCAACUCGCUGUUAAAUCCAUUCCUAUAUUUCCUGCGCGUUCCUGCCAUGAGGGGAAAGCUUAAGAAGUUACUACGGGCUUUACGUUGGGAUAAUUGCCCUCUUCGGAUCCGAAAGAAUCCGAAACCUGCGUCAAAAAUCCGAAACAAGAGUGCGAGCUCGGAGUCAGGAAACUCAAGUUCGUUUUAAUCAGUGUUUCUCAAACUUUCAUGGAUAAUUGCCUUUCAGAGACACUCAAAAUCAAGAUUUGUCUUAAUGCAUUUACGUCGGUUAUUUUAUUUACCGUGGGGUGGGGGAAGAUGGGACACCUUUAGCACAUAAUAUC